AUGAAACGAGCAGCUAAAGGAAUUCUUUUUAAUCUUGAUUGUUUACAAAUGGAUAUACGAUCAAUUGAAGAUAAUCAUAAUCAUAAUAGUGAUGAUAAUCAAAUAAAAGUUAUGAUUUCUUAUUCACAUCAAGACAUGGAAUUUUGUAAAAAUCUUGUUAAAAAAAUUCAAGAACGUUUUCAAGGACAAGAUUAUAAAGCAGAAGAUUGGUUUGAAAUUCGUGCUGGUUCAGCAACAUGGGUACAUUUUGGAGCUAAGAAAACUGAUGAAGAAGUUAUGGAAAAUCUGUUAAAAUUAAUUACUGUACGGAAUCAAGUAAAACGAAACGAGAACAAACUUGAUCCUUCACAUCGAUCACAUUUGAAAAAAAUUUCUGAUAUACAAUUGCAAUCAAAUUCUACUGUAUCAGACAUUAUACCUAUUUUUUCAAUUGAAGAAUGGACUUGUGAAGAAGUACAACAAUGGCUUCAUUUACCACCAUCUUCUCUUCAACUAUCAUCUGGUCGAGCUUUACUAACAUAUAUGAAUUUAUUAUCACAUGACGAUACACAAUAUGAUGAAUACGAACAUCGAAUGCGUAAUCAUGGUGUAAGUCAAGAACAAUUUUCUAAUUUAAUAUCAUUAUUUGCAUCUGUUCGUUCAUUAAAUGAUACUGAAACAACAUCAUCUAAAUUACCUGAGCAAUGGACACGCAUAGAGAUAAAAUAUUGGUUUCAGCAAAAUCAUUUAUCUGAUGAUUUAUUAAAUGUAUUGAAUUUAAUCGAUGGAUCUCAACUUAUUAUGUAUGGACAAUUAAUUAUUGAUUCAUCAUUACGUAUUCAUGAAGAAUAUAAUCGAUUGAAAAAUAAGAUUGGAAAAGAUGUUUUUCAUCUCAAUGAAUAUAGUCGACUUUUGAGUGGUUUGAAAAAACUUGUCAAUCAGUCAAAAUCAAAAGAAGAACCUAUUUCAUGUAAUAUUCUGUAG